GAUUAGUUUAGUAAAAUGGGAAUGGGUUUUGCUGUAUCCGAUGAAUUGUUGGGAACUGUGGUUCCUAUUGUUGUUUAUUGGAUUUAUUCAGGAAUUUAUAUGUGUUUAGGGUCAUUUGAGAAUUAUAGAUUGCAUUCUAAAAGAGACGAGGAAGAGAAGAAUUUGGUUUCCAAACGAACAGUCGUUAAAGGCGUUCUCUUACAGCAGUUCCUUCAGGCUGCUGUCGCGAUCCUUUUGUUCACGGUCACAGGGAGUCAUGCUGGGGCUUCCCCUCAGCAGCCAUCUUCCUUUAUUAUUCUAGGUAGACAGUUUGUUACAGCAAUGCUGGUUAUGGAUACCUGGCAAUACUUUUUGCACCGAUACUUCCACGAGAAUAAGUUCCUCUAUCAGCACCUGCACUCUCGGCAUCACCGUCUUAUCGUUCCCUAUGCAUUUGGAGCUUUGUACAACCAUCCAUUAGAGGGGCUUCUCCUUGACACAGUAGGCGGGGCCUUAUCAUUUAUGCUCUCUGGCAUGUCUCCUCGGACCUCCAUCUUUUUCUUCUCUUUCGCCACCAUCAAAACAGUGGACGACCAUUGCGGGCUAAUGCUUCCCGGAAACCCCUUCCAUAUAUUCUUUAGAAACAAUUCUGCAUAUCAUGAUGUCCACCAUCAGCUUUACGGUAGCAAAUACAAUUUCUCACAGCCCUUCUUCGUCAUGUGGGAUCGAAUUAUGGGGACCUAUAUGCCUUAUUCACUUGAGAAGAGAGCAGAAGGGGGAUUCGAAGCUCAGCCAAAAGUGUUGAAAGAAGAUUAGAUUGAGAAUCCGUUUCUGUUACAGAAAAAAACAUGUACCACCUGUAUUUUCCUUUUCCAAUUCAUCCAUCAUUCAUCAAAUUCUUGUGCUCUUACACCUA